AUGGAUCCAAACGAACAUCAGACAGACGCCCCCCGGCGUCCGAAGAAGCUCAUCUACGUCACGUUAACAUACCAAUCCCCCCAAGUCGCUCCUGGGGACAUUGCACCAACCUCCAACGAGCCAACCCCAGAACCGCAACCCCAAGCAACCCCCGCCCCAACCGCAAUAGAAGCCCUACGCACCUCAACCUCAACCCCGGACUCGAUAACCGAAACCGAAGUCCUCUCCAACGCCGCACGCGCCCACCAAUUCGGCACAAACCCACCUCUAACCAUCUCCCAAAUUCACGGCACAAACCCACUCCACCAAUUCAACACCUGGUUCCGGGAUCCCCGGCUUUCAGCCUCCUCCGCCCCAGAAACAUGCACUCUAUCAACUGCGUCGCUACCAUCCGGCCGUGUCAGCGGGCGCGUGGUCUACCUCAAAGAACUCGACGAGCGCGGUUGGGUCGUAUACAGCAACUGGGGGAGUCGCGAAGGCAAAGGCGGACAGGUCUUCGGGCUUAGCGAGAACGCCGAUAUACUAGACGCCAUGCCAGAACCGGGCUCAGAGCAAGCUACCAUCACUGCCGACGUCGGGUCUGGAAAUAAAUGGGGCGCGUUGACAUUCAGCUGGGCGACUGUUGAGCGGCAGGUUCGCGUUGAGGGUUUACUUGAGCCACUUAGUCGCGAGGAGAGUGAGUUGUAUUGGCGGACGCGUGAGCGCGGGAGUCGGAUUGGGGGAUGGGCGAGUUGGCAGAGUCGGGUUUUGUGGUCUGCGGAGCCGGAGCAGAUGGAGGAGAACCAGAGACGGAAGAGUGUAGUCAAAUUGCAGGCGGUUGAUGGGGGUAAGACUGUUCCUGUGGAUAUUGAUCAGACGGAUGUUGAGGAUGGUCGGGCGUUGCUGGAGCUGAGGGUGAAGGCGAUGGAGGAGAGGUUUGCGGGUGUUGAGGAUAUUCCACUGCCGCCGUUUUGGGGUGGUGUUAGGCUUGUGCCGGAGUCUGUGGAGUUCUGGCAGGGACGGCGGAGUCGUUUGCAUGAUCGGUUCCGUCUACCAUCCUAUAUUAAAGAGUCAGGUAAACCACCGGGUCUACAUAUCUUAACCGCAGCCAUGUCCACCUCAACGCCCCAAUCAAUCCCUCAAUCCUCCACAUCCCCCUGGAUCAUCCUCGCGAUAACGAGCGGCGCCUUCGCUGCGUUGAACGGUGUCUUCGCGAAAUUAACCACGGACGAACACACGACGGCCUUCGCGCAAUCACUCGCCCACCUCUUCGGUCUGGAUUCGUCGCCUGUAAUUGAGAUGCUUACUCGGGGUGCCUGCCUCGGGCUAAACGUCCUCUGCAACAUUAUAAUGUGGGCACUCUUUACACGCGCGCUAACAGCCGGUCCCUCGACGGUCAAAGUCUCCAUCACGAAUACGGCGUCAAACUUCUUGGCGACGGCGGUGUUUGGUAUGAUCAUUUUUCAGGAGGCUGUUGGGGGGCUUUGGUGGCUAGGUGCUGCAAUGAUGGGUGCUGGGUGUAUUUUGGUUGGGAUGAGAGAGGGGGCUUAG